CACUAAUUUCAAAUUCAACAACAUAACCUAAAAAUUUUUUCUCACGAUUUCAUCGAUUAAAGUUAUUCAAAGCGAUAAAAAUGGAUAAUAUGUUACCCAGCCCGGGAUUUAGCAUCCCCAGCAUAGGAACUCCGUUGCAUCAACCCGAAGAGGACCAACAAAUCCUUCCCAAUGCUAUGCAACAACAGCAACAACACCACCAACAAAUGCCGCCUUUAACCCCCGUUUGCAUUGGGGGGAUGACACCUACGUUAGGGUUAGGAAUGGGAAUGAGUAUGAUUCCCCCCACAAAACACACUUAUGUGCCAGGAUUUGGUGCAUCACCAAGCAUAAUGCAACCUCAAACACCCCAACCAUCAGGAGCUUCUCCAAUGGUAAAUAUCGGUGGUUCAAGCAGUUCUGUACCUCCACCAAGCAUCGGGGCUGUUCCAGCCAGUCCUAUGACCCCAAUGACGCCUCAUUCAACCGAUCCGGGAAUAGUACCACAAUUACAGAAUAUCGUUUCAACUGUAAACUUAAACUGCAAACUUGAUCUAAAAAAAAUCGCUCUACACGCCCGUAACGCCGAGUAUAACCCAAAACGUUUCGCAGCUGUGAUAAUGCGUAUUCGAGAACCUCGAACGACCGCUUUAAUUUUUUCCUCGGGAAAAAUGGUUUGUACAGGAGCCAAAAGUGAGGAAGAUUCACGUUUGGCCGCUAGAAAAUAUGCAAGGAUCAUACAAAAGUUGGGUUUUCCCGCGAAAUUUUUAGACUUUAAGAUUCAAAAUAUGGUGGGAAGUUGCGAUGUUAAGUUUCCCAUCCGUUUGGAAGGAUUGGUUUUAACUCACGGUGCUUUCAGUUCGUACGAACCGGAAUUAUUUCCCGGUUUAAUUUAUCGUAUGGUGAAACCGAGGAUUGUUUUGUUGAUAUUCGUGUCGGGUAAGGUGGUGCUUACCGGGGCGAAGGUCCGACAGGAAAUUUAUGAAGCCUUUGAAAAUAUUUAUCCCAUUUUGAAGAGUUUCAAGAAACAGUGAGGUUAAAAACGAUUGUUUUAUUUAUUAUUAUGAUUUAGGUAGUUUUUUAGUUUUCAUAAAA